AUGAUACUUUUACGAACCUUAGCUACGUUAUCUAAGGCUUCUGUUGAGAAGUCGAAACCAUUGCUCACUGAUAUACUUCCUCGAAAAAAGGUGAUAAGCAAGCUUUUGUUUGAUUUCAAUGCCAGGUAUAAUUAUCACCACUACCUCCCGGUAGUCAUGGAUAUAUAUGACAAAAUGGAAUCAGAUAAAGAACCUGUCACCAACAAAUUGAAAGGAAGUGAUUUAAUUAUAUUUCAAAGAGUUUUGAAGGAAAUUCGAAUACAGACGCAUAGUUCUAAUAAAUAUUUAAAGGAACUAGAAGACUCACUCAUAGAAGAGGCGGCAACACUUGGAAAUAGGGAUGCAUUGACUAUCAUUUGCUUUAAGUCAUUAGAUGAUACCACUGGAGAAUAUACGAAAGAUGACAAAGAGCAAGCAAAAAUAUUUAUCAACAAGCUCAGUAAGCUCAAGCACCCUCUUGUAUUCAAGAUGGCAGGUGACCAUUAUUAUAGAAAGUCUGAUAUUAAAAAAGCUGUUAAAUUAUAUGGAAAGUUCUUGAAACUUGAUAACAAUUCAUUUUUAGCUUCGGAGGUUUAUAAAACACUUGGUAUGCUAUCAUUCCAAGAACAAAAGUUAAUGCAGGCUAAAGUCUUCAUGGAGAAGGCUAUUAAUUUGGCUCCCUCGAAUAAAGUUUCACAAGCGCAUUUUAUAUUGGGACUAAUAAAUGAGAUAGAUCCACUUAAAGCAAGGUAUCACUUUGAGAUGGCUGCUAGUGAAGGAUUUCUUGAAAGUUUUGUGAACUUGGGCUUUUUGGAGCUUAAUUAUUUCAGAAAUAUAUACAAGUCUAAGCUUUGGUUCAAGCUUGGAGCCGAAUUGGGUGAUUAUAACUGUAUGAUUGGCUUAUUUGAUUGCUAUAUGAAGGAGGAAAAUUGGAAAAAUGCCAAAAUUACAUAUGAUAAAACAGUACACUAUCUAAGGGACAUUAAGUCGGGUAUCAAUCUUGAUGAUCUAAGGUCAUCAUCCGUCGAAAAGUUAAAUAGAAUACUUGGUGAAUUAGAGCAUUCUGCAAGCAAUAUAUCUAGCAUAAAAAAGCAAGAUAGUGAAAAACCUAUUGUUGAGAAAGAAAUUGCCGGAGCAAUGGCUAAAUCGAAGUGGGAUAUAUAG